AUGUCACAACGGCUGCCAUUGCUGCUCGCCAAACGAAGCCUCACUACACUCAACGCCUCGCAGCCAAAGCGCCCAUCGCUGGCAAUCCUCGACGACUACUUGAACACAUCGGCACCUCACUUCGCCAAUAUCCCGCCUUCGCAGCUGCAGAUGACCACCUUCAACGACACCAUUGUCCCCGUCAACAAUGCCGAAGCAGCGCGCCUCGUGGAGCGGCUGCGUCCCUUCGACAUCAUCUCCACCGUCCGCGAACGCACCGCUUUUCCAGGCUCUCUCCUACGCCAGCUUCCCAACCUGAAACUCCUGCUCGCCACCGGCACGCAGUUCGAGAUGUUCGACCUCGCCGCGGCCAAGGAGCUGGGCAUCGCUGUUGUUGCAGCUCCCGGUCUCGGCCGCACCGAUCAAGCUGGGCCCUUACGCUCCAACAUCAAGAAGGGCAGCGUCCAUCCCACCACACAGCACGCGUGGGCCCUGAUUCUGGCCCUGGCCCGCAACGUCGCCGCCGACGACGCCGUGAUAAAGGCCGGUACCGGCUGGCAGAGCGGCCUCGCGACUAGUCUUCCUGGAAUGACUCUGGCCACCGUUGGCCUGGGGCGCUUGGGUGCUGCUGUGGCCCGCGUUGCGCAUCUCGCAUGGGGCAUGCGCGUCGUGUGCUGGAGCGAGAACCUGACGCAGCAAAAGGCCGACGACAUGGCCGUCGCCGUGGGCUUGUCUCCUGACGUUGGCAUUCACGGCGGCAAGACCUUCCAGGCCGUGAGCAAGGAGGAGCUCUUCCGCAGUGCCGAUGUCGUGAGCAUGCACUACGUGCUGAGCGACCGCUCGCGCAACAUCGUCGGCGCCAAAGAGCUGGAGCAACUGAAACCGUCAGCGCUGCUUGUCAAUACGUCGCGUGGGCCGCUGAUUGAUCAACACGCCCUGCUUGACACGCUGGAGCAUGGCAGGAUCCGGGGUGCUGCGCUUGACGUGUACGACAUCGAGCCGCUGCCGCUGACGAGCCCGUGGAGACGAGCCAACUACUGGGGUCGAGACGGCCGUUCUGCGCUUCUUACAACGCCGCACAUGGGGUAUGUUGACGAGGGUCUGAUGAACACUUGGUAUGCUGAGACGGCGGAGAAUGUGGAGCGUUGGGUAAAGGGGGAAGAUGUACUUCACCGUCUGGCUUGA